CACUUAUGCAGUACUUUUCACGAUUGACUUUUUUUUUUAUCUUCAAUCAAGUUUUGUUUUCUAUUGAUUUUGUUAGGUUUCGACGGUGAAUUAAAUUCGCGUUCCUUAGAGGCUUUGGGUGCUUUCGGAAAUGGCCAGCCCCUCGCCUAAUUCGAUGGGACCUCCGGGGCCCAACCAUCAACCGCCGACUCCGACACAACCACAACAACAACACCAACAACAGCAGCAACAACAACAACAACCACAACAGCAGCCGCCACAAGUACAACAGCCGCCCACCGCUCCUCAGCCGUUGCCGCCACAAAAUUAUUCCCCGGGCCAGCCAGGUGCACCGGCGUCGCCUAACAUGCAGCAGGGCACACAGACAUUUCCACCUCCAGGCAUUCAACCUAGUGGACCUCCUCAAGAAAAUUUAAUUGCACUACAAAGAGCAAUAGAUUCAAUGGAAGAAAAGGGGUUACAAGAAGAUCCCAGGUAUUCACAAUUAUUGGCACUAAGAGCAAGACAAGGUAAUAUGGACCCAAAUCAAAGACCUCCUUCUUCAAUGCAAGGAAAUUAUCCUCCUCAACAUCCUGAUAAACCACCUUCGCCUCAACAAAAUUCCCCAAAUCCUAAUGGACCAAAUGGACCAGUAGCCCAAAAUAAUUUAACUCCUGCUCAAAUGCAGCAGCUUAGAGUUCAGAUAAUGGCAUAUAGACUAUUGGCUCGACAACAACCUUUAACCCAACAAUUAGCUAUGGCUGUUCAAGGAAAAACUUCACCUCAAGGAUAUCCUCCUUUACCUUCAGCACACCAUCGACAACUAGAACCUGGAGAAAUUGUAGAAAGCAGUAUGCCAAUGCCUUCAGGAGGUCCAAUGAGAUUACCAAUGCCAAUGCAAAAUGCUCCGAGACAACCUAAUCCUCCUGGUCCUAUUUCACAAUCUCCUGUUCGAAUGCCUCAGCCAGGUUCUACUCCACAAACACAAAUUCAACCUCCUCCAAAUGCCCAACAUUCUCAAGGUCCACCACCAAACCCACCUCCAUCUGUAUCAAUGAAUGGACCUCAACCACCUCCUAAUAUGGCUCCAGGAAUACCUCAAGCUUCACAGCAAAUAAAUACCCCUCAACCUGUAGGUCAACCACCUAUUGGAGGAGUCCCUCAGCCUAUGAUGGGUGGUCCACAACCAAUGGCUGGUAUACCACCACAUAUGCCUAACAUGCCUACAACAAAUGGACCAUCGCCACAACAAUCAUUACCCCAACAACAGCAGCAGCAACCACAACCACAGCCACAGCCACAGCAGCAACAACAACAACAACCACAACAACAACAGCAGCCCCCUCAACAACAGCAACAAACACAGGGUCCUCCUCCUCCAGUUAAACAAAAUAGAACUACAUCAUGCCCUAAACCUGUCGGUUUGGAUCCUUUAAUAAUAUUACAAGAACGUGAAAACCGUUUGGCUGCACGUAUUGCUCAUCGUGUACAACAAUUGAGUAAUUUGCCAACGACAAUGAGUGAUGAUCUAAGAAUCAAAGUAGAAAUUGAACUUAGAGCUCUAAGAGUAUUAAAUUUCCAAAGACAAUUGAGAGCUGAAGUAGUUGCUUGUACUCGCCGUGAUACUACUUUAGAAACUGCUGUUAAUGUAAAAGCAUACAAACGAACAAAAAGACAAGGUCUAAGAGAAGCUAGAGCUACGGAAAAAUUAGAAAAACAACAGAAGUUGGAAGCUGAAAGAAAAAAACGCCAAAAACAUCAAGAAUAUCUUAGUACUAUAUUACAACAUUGCAAAGAUCUUAAAGAGUUUCAUAGAAAUAACAUUGCAAAAAUUGGACGGCUUAAUAAAGCUGUUCUUAAUUAUCAUGCUAAUGCUGAACGUGAACAAAAGAAAGAACAAGAAAGAAUUGAAAAAGAACGUAUGAGAAGAUUAAUGGCUGAAGAUGAAGAAGGCUAUAGAAAAUUGAUUGAUCAAAAGAAAGAUAAACGUUUGGCUUUCUUACUCUCGCAAACUGAUGAGUAUAUUGGAAAUCUAACAGAGAUGGUCAAAGAACAUAAAUUAGAACAGAAGCGUAAGCAACAAGAAGAACAAAAAAAGAAGAAGAAGAGUGAUGGACCCGAGGAUCAUGAUGAAAGUUCUCAGCAAUCAGACAUGCACGUUUCAGUAUAUGAACCUUCUACAGGAAGAAUGUUUAAAGGAGAAGAAGCUCCACUUGCGUCCCAAUUGAACAAUUGGUUGGAUGCUCAUCCUGGUUGGGAAGUAAUGGAAGAGUCUGAUGAUGAAGAUGAUGAUGAACAAGAAGAUGAUGAAUCAAGCAAUCAAAAAAUCAAAAAGAAUAGUUUUGAAAAAGAAACUACUGAAGAUAAAGAACCAAUUAAAAAAACCAAAAUGGAAGAUGAUGAAUAUAAAAAUGCUUCAGAAGAACAUACUUAUUAUAGUAUCGCUCAUACUAUUCAUGAAAGUGUUACUGAACAAGCUUCCAUUUUAGUUAAUGGUAAUCUGAAAGAAUAUCAAAUAAAGGGACUUGAAUGGUUAGUUUCAUUGUUUAACAAUAAUUUAAAUGGAAUUCUUGCUGAUGAGAUGGGUUUAGGAAAAACCAUCCAAACAAUAGGUCUUAUUACUCACCUUAUGGAAAAAAAGAAAGUAAAUGGACCUUUUUUAAUCAUUGUGCCACUGUCUACAAUGUCAAAUUGGGUAUUAGAAUUUGAAAAAUGGUCUCCAUCAGUUUUUGUUGUAGCUUAUAAAGGCUCUCCAACUAUGCGACGAAAUUUACAGACACAAAUGCGAUCUAAUAAGUUUAAUGUCUUAUUAACUACAUAUGAAUAUGUUAUAAAAGAUAAAUCAGUUCUUGCAAAACUUCAUUGGAAGUACAUGAUUAUAGAUGAAGGUCAUCGUAUGAAAAAUCAUCAUUGUAAAUUGACACAAGUCUUGAACACUCAUUAUAAUGCUCCACACCGUUUAUUAUUAACUGGUACACCUUUACAAAAUAAACUCCCUGAACUUUGGGCUCUUCUUAAUUUUUUGUUGCCAUCGAUAUUUAAGUCAUGUUCAACAUUUGAACAAUGGUUUAAUGCACCAUUUGCUACUACUGGAGAAAAGGUUGAAUUAAAUGAAGAAGAAACUAUUUUAAUUAUCCGCCGUCUUCAUAAAGUUUUACGUCCAUUUUUGUUGAGGCGUCUAAAAAAAGAAGUCGAAUCACAAUUACCUGAUAAAGUGGAAUACAUUGUCAAAUGUGAUAUGUCUGGAUUGCAACGGGUAUUGUACAAACAUAUGCAGAGUAAAGGUGUAUUACUCACUGAUGGCGCUGAAAAGGGAAAACAAGGUAAAGGUGGUGCCAAAGCUCUCAUGAAUACUAUUGUACAAUUGCGUAAACUGUGCAAUCAUCCAUUUAUGUUCCAAAGUAUCGAGGAAAAAUAUUGCGAACAUAUUGGAACUGCUGGAAAUGUUGUUCAAGGGCCAGAUUUAUACAGAGUGUCAGGAAAAUUUGAGUUAUUGGAUCGAAUUUUACCCAAACUCAAAGCUACCAAUCAUAGAGUAUUACUGUUUUGUCAAAUGACCCAACUUAUGACCAUUAUGGAAGAUUAUUUAGGAUGGCGAGGUUUUGCAUAUUUGCGUUUAGAUGGUACUACUAAAGCUGAAGAUAGAGGAGAUCUUUUAAAGAAGUUCAAUAGUGCAGGCAGUGAAUAUUUCCUAUUUUUAUUAAGUACAAGAGCAGGUGGUCUUGGAUUAAAUCUACAAGCCGCUGAUACUGUUAUUAUAUUUGAUUCUGAUUGGAAUCCACAUCAAGAUUUGCAAGCUCAAGAUCGUGCUCAUCGUAUUGGUCAACAAAAUGAAGUACGCGUUCUUCGUUUAAUGACUGUAAAUUCAGUUGAAGAGCGUAUAUUAGCUGCUGCCAGAUACAAAUUAAAUAUGGAUGAAAAAGUUAUCCAGGCUGGUAUGUUUGAUCAAAAAUCAACUGGAUCAGAGCGUCAACAAUUUUUGCAAUCUAUUCUACAUCAAGAUGAUGGAGAUGAUGAAGAAGAAAAUGAAGUACCUGAUGAUGAAGUUGUCAACCAGAUGAUAGCUCGAUCAGUAGAAGAAUUUGAAUCAUUCCAAAAAAUGGAUCUUGAACGUAGAAGAGAAGAGGCCAAAUUUGGUCCAAAUAGAAAAUCGAGAUUAAUUGAAAUAUCAGAAUUACCUGAAUGGCUUGUUAAGGAUGAAGAUGAGGUUGAGAGGUGGACAUAUGAAGAAGAUUCUGAAGAAAUUAUGGGACGUGGUUCCCGUGCUCGUAAAGAAGUAGAUUACACUGAUAGUUUGACUGAGAAAGAAUGGUUGAAGGCGAUUGAUGAAAAUGUUGACGACUUUGAAGAUGAUGAAGAAGAAGAAAUAAAAUCAAAUCGUAAAGGAAACCGGGGUAAGAAAAGAGGUAAAAGAAAUGCAGAUGAUGAUGAUGAUCCACCAAUUAGACGGCGUAAAACAAUUGGACCUGAAGAAAUAAAGCUACGAAAAAAAAUGAAAACUAUCAUGAACAUUGUAGUAAAAUAUACAGAUGCUGAUUCCAGAAUAUUAAGUGAACCAUUUAUGAAAUUACCAUCUAGACACAAAUUACCUGACUACUAUGAAGUAAUAAAAAAACCUAUGGAUAUUAAAAAGAUUAUGGCAAAAAUUGAUGACGGAAAGUAUGCAGAUUUGAAUGAACUUGAAGCUGACUUUGUACAAUUGUGUAAAAAUGCACAAAUAUAUAAUGAAGAAGCUUCACUUAUUCAUGAAGAUUCAAUAGUUUUACAAUCGGUUUUCACAAAUUCUCGUCAACGAUUAGAAUCAACUGAUAUUCCAGAAUCUGGACCAGAAGAAGGAACAAAAAGUGAGGAUGAGGUUUCAGAUGCUGAUACUACUUCAUCUUCAGUGAAAUUGAAACUGAAAAUGAAACCUCGUGGUAAAGGGUCUGAAGUUAGAACAUCUAACCGACGAAAAAAAAAGAAGCAUGUAAGUGACGAUGAAGAUGAUGAAGAUUCUAAUUUAUAA